AUGGCUGGUUUAAUUAAUUCUGGAAUAAAACUUGUACUUGAUCCAACUCUUCCUGGAUCAACAUUACUUAAUGAAUCUCAAACGUUAUUACCCAUUGUUAAUAAUAAUGAAAAGUCAUUGAAAGUAAAAGAUAGUGUUGCAUUUGUAAUAGGUUCUUCUCGUGGUAUUAGACGUGCUAUUGCUAUUGCUCGUGAAGGUGCCAAAGUUAUUAUUCAUCGUACAACUCAUGAUAGUCCGAAUUAUUUAAAUGAAGGUCAUGUUAUUAUUGUUGGUUCUACAUCAGCUUUACGAGGAAGAGAAAAAGAUGUUCUUUAUACAGUAUCAAAAGCAGCAAUCCAUCAAUAUAUGAAAUGUUUAGUAACUCAAGUACAAUCAUCAGGUAUUCGAAUUAAUUGUAUUGCACCAGGAGCAACUUUAACUGAACGAUAUAAAUGA